UUUUUAUUUAAAGGUUAUUAAUUUUAAUGGAUCUGGAAAACGUGGAAAGGGCACUUGUUGCAAUGAUAGAGGUAGCAACCUCGACCACAGUGAUCCUCUGCGACCAAAUCGUGACCCAAUCCAAGAAAACCAUGACAGUCUGCUACAGCCUUCAAGACUACAUCUCGAUUUUUUCCACGCCUUACCAAGAACUCCAGCUAUUCACAAACCGAAUUCCCAUUAGAAAAGUCGACUUUAACGCGUUGGGAUUAUUCCAAAGUAAACGCUCCCUCAUACUAUCCAUUAUGGGCGGUGUGGCAACGAAUUUCAUCGUGGCAGAACAAUUUUGGAAACCCUAAACAUUCUCGUAAAUUAACUAAUUAAAUUAAUGAAUAAAAAAAACUUUCUCUUAACCCUUUCCCAUCCAAAGCAAAACAAAAACCGAAUUAUCCCCGACAAACAGACAGCAGCAUCAAACAACUUGACUUAUCGCUUAAAGGCAAAAACUUAUUUGGGCGUGCAACGCAGCCAAAGUUCGGGCAAAGGGCGUGCAGGAAAUUAAUUUAAUUACAAUAGUCAUAUUUCGUGUAUGGCCUGGGGAAACACAAGAUGCGUGAGACCUAAUUAGUGCCUUUAAUAAGACCCGAACGUAUAGGAUAAGGGUUUAGAUGGAGACGUGACGUGGAUUCGAACCUGGAUAAUGUUGAGAAAAUAGGGGGUUAAUGAAAGAGGUUUUGGCAGAGGGUGGCGGAUAAAAAUUAGGAAAUAAUCGUUUGCUUGGAUUUGGUGCUUUUUUUCUACUUAUUUUUAGCAGAAAAAUAUUCCUGGUAUAUUCAAAUUAUAUCAAUAACAUUCCAGGAGGAUUUUUCUAAGGUUCAGAACGUUCAAACAUGACAGCUUUU